AGGUGGAGCCGCAGUCGGCCGAGCCAGCCCGCCGCUCCUCCACUCCGGGUACCCGGGAAGCCGCCGUAGCUCAUGGAGGGCUGGGCUAGGAGCUCGCUAUGGGGGGCAAGGCGGCUGUGGGCUCCCCACGCCCACAUGACGCGAAGCCGGGUGGUCUGUGGGCGCCCCUUGAAUCUCUGGGCGUCACCUGAUAAUCGCAGAAGUCAACUUCAUCAAAUAUUUCAAGAAACCUUUUCUAUUAAAGUUCAGUUAAGUGAUGGUGAACUUGUAAAUUUGACUAAAGUGAGAAACAAAAUAAAAUUUACAGGCCAACCAUACAGCACUUGGCAAACAGUAGAUCCAGAAGAACUUAGAAGAUUCCAACGGCUGGCACACAAGUGGUGGAAUGAGGAUGGAGAAUAUGCAGCCUUGCAUUCUAUGAAUGAUAUUAGAGUUCCUUUUAUUAGAGAUACUAUAUUGAAUCUGAAAAAUGAGCAUGAGCUAGGAAGCCCACUCUUUAACAUGAAGAUCCUAGACGUUGGCUGUGGUGGUGGACUACUUUCUGAGCCCCUUGCUAGACUGGGAGCUUCAGUUACUGGAAUUGAUCCUUUGGAAGACAGCAUCCGGACAGCAGAACUGCAUAAAUCAUAUGAUCCAGCCCUUACCGAAAGGAUUCAGUACAGAGCCUGUGCACUGGAGGAUAUUGUGGAAGAGGGAUCAGAAAAAUUUGACAUAGUUGUUGCCUCUGAAGUAGUAGAACAUGUGGCUGACGUUGAAAAGAUCAUCGAAUGCUUUGGAAAAGUAUUAAAACCCGAAGGUUCCCUCUUUAUUACCACAAUAAACAAAACUCAACUGUCCUAUAUUCUUGGCAUUAUCGUUGCUGAAAAGUUACUGGGUAUUGUUCCGGAUGGCACUCAUGACUGGGAGAAAUUCAUAUCACCUGAAGAGUUAGAGCGUCUUCUGGAAUCAAAUGGUUUUUCAGUUAAGAUGGUGAAAGGCAUGUUAUACAACCCCCUUUUUGGAUCCUGGAGUUGGACUGAAAACACUAGCAUUAACUAUGCACUCCAUGCAAUUAAAUCAAGCAUGCAAGAACAACUGGAUCUGAAGGAAGCCUCUACAGAGCAUCAACAAGCAGAAGCUAACAUCAGAACUGCUAGCUAAGACAAAGUCCAUAGUUGCUACAGAAGCACAGAAGAAGAUGUGAUAAAUAGCUAUAAUAAAGGGGCAAUCAACCUUGUUUUCAAAGUGUUGGCUAAAGGAUUUGCUGCCAUCUCAGCAUACAUGGUAGAGGAAUUAUUGUUCAUAGUAUCAGAUAUUUGUGGAUAAACAUUCUGUGCAACAUGCUGGAAGUCUGAAACAAUUGUCAGAAUGAUUGCUCUUAAGACUUUAGAAUUAUUGGCUUUUAUUGACUUUUGUAAAAUCAUUACUCAAAUUCAACAGGUGGCCUGUUUUUAAAUGUAAAAUCAUAUACAUCGCUAACUUGGUUUUUUUUCUUCCUUGAGCAUGAUGUUACAGCUCUAAAGAAAGAGAGGCCAAAUUCUAUGUAAAGACCAAUUUUUUUGAGCCUAGAAUUCAUAACUGGAAGUUCCAAGUUAGCCAUUUAUUCAGAUACUAUAGGGCACAGGUGUCAAGCUCAAUGCGUCAUGUUGCUAUCAUGUGAUAUAGUGUGAUUUUUUUUCUUUUUGUGAAGCUGGAAUAGGCGUGGCCUGCACAUGACUCAUCCAGCCCGUGGGCUGCCAGUUUGACGCCCCUGCUAUAGGACCACCAAAUCAAAUUCAAAAAUUCAGAUGAUCACUAGAAGGCAGAAAAAUCAUUCAAAAAGGUUAACUCUUUGCUGCCUUCUAGUGGCUAUUUGGAAUUUGAAGCCCAAAUCUGGUAAUGCUAAUUGCCAAGCUUCAUCUGCCCUUUCCAUCCCCCCCCCCAAAAAACUCCUUUAAUUAAAAAAAGAGUGACAUUGAAAUGCUACAGAAAGCAUCUUGUCCCUACCAUCAUCUUUAUUUCUAAAAAUGCAGUGGGAACCAAACAUGUUUCAUGCACUUAUGUAGUAAUAAAAAUAGCGGAUAGUUGUAGACAUCUACUCAGAAAAAAAGAACUGAAAUAAAUAGCGGUAGUAGAGAAUCUCCUUUGUGUGCGGGGAGAUAAACGGGUGGCCUGCUAAUUUGGUGCUUUAUUGCUCAGUUCAUAUGUAUAUAUGUAUGGAUUUGUGGAUAAAUCUCACAAAAGUCAGUUGCAGAAAUGCCCAUGGCAGGUUGUUGAGGUUUAAAAUGUAUGCGCCGCCCGGAACUCUUUAGGGACAAAUUGUGACUAGCUAGUACAUUGAUACAAUGAUUUUAAAACAGGUUUUAUUAAAUAAAUAAAAUUGAAGUUCACAUAUCA